AUGAACAUCUUGUGCCUACACGGAACAGGAACCAAUAUAUCGAAGAUUUUCCAACUGCAAUCGGCGGCUCUACGACACGAACUCGAGAGAGAUGGCAUGUCCUUUGAAUACGCGCAGGGUGGCCUCAGAUGUCCCGCGGCAGAAGAGAUAGCGGGCUUGUUUCCGGACUUUUGCGACUUUUACACGUACUACGACCCACGAGAAGCUCAUACAAUCGUCGAAGCUGAAGAUCAACUAUUGGAGAUGCUGAAAGAGCAGGAAGGGAAAUAUGACGGAAUACUGGCCUUUUCCGAAUCCGCCGCGUUGGCUGCUGCUCUCAUCAUCCGGCACGCUCGAGAAAACCCAUUCAAAGCCGAGGGGCUUUUUCGAUUUGCUAUUUUUAUAUGCGGGCUGGCUCCAUUCGAUCAUGAGACACUGGGCGUUGCUGGAGCGUCCAAGCCAACGCGUGUCAAGCCGGAUGACAACAAGUCAACGGAAGAGCACCUCAUCAACAUUCCCACGUAUCAUAUAAUGGGCAGCGAGGAUGAGUUGUAUCCCUACGGGCUGGCAUUGUAUAAUUGCUGCGAUCCUGAAAUGGCCAUCAAGACGAUACAUCGUGGAGGACAUGAGAUACCCAGUCAGGUGGAGCUGGUGAAGGAGAUGACCAGGAACAUCAACGCUACCAUUCAGCGAGCAAAUUUCAUGUGUUAA